AUGGCGGGCGGCUUCAUAGCGAAAAAGAGGUCAAGAGACGAGGCGAACAGGCAAUUCAAGGGCAGGCCGCGCAAGAAGCCCAGAAAGGGUCGCGAGUAUCACAGCAGCGACUCGGAGGAUGGAGACGAUGGCGGCGCCGACGGCCAAGCGUUUGCGCCCGUGAACCUGCUCGACUCGGAUGAGGAGGACAUACACAACCUCGCCGCGGACGACGGGCAGUCCUCGGGGACGGACGACUCUUCAGACGACGAGGCGUCGACUUCGAGGCAAACAAAGAAGAAACCAGCCGCAACAGCAGAAAAACCAACAAAGACGAAACAAAAGGAAAAGAGCCGAAAAGAGGCGCAAGAAAGUUCCGACGAGGUUGAUGAUGAUGACGAUGAUGACGACCAAGAGGAUGACAGCUCCGACGACGACAACGAGGACGAUGCAAUCGACGGCCAGCCGCAGAGGAAGCAAUCGAAGCGCAACGACCCGACCGCCUUCGCAACCUCCAUGUCCAAGAUCCUAUCCACGAAGCUGAGCACGUCGCGCCGCGCCGACCCGGUCCUGUCCCGCAGCGCCGCGGCGCACGAGGCGGCCCGACUGGCCGUCGACUCUGCGCUCGAGGCCAAGGCGCACCGCAAGAUGGCCGAGCAGAGGCGCGCGGCGCUGGAGAAGGGCCGCGUCAAGGACGUCUUGAUAUCCCAGGAGGGCCAGACCGCCGAGAUGCAGGCGGGCGAGAAGAGGCUGCGCAAGACGGCCCAGAGGGGUGUCAUCAAGCUGUUCAACGCAAUCAGGGCCGCCCAGGUCAAGGCCGCCGACGCGGAGCGGGCCGUCAGGAGCGAGGGCGUCAUUGGCAUGGGCAAGAGGGAGCAAAAGGUUGCCGAGAUGAGCAAAAAGGGGUUUUUGGACUUGAUUGCCGGUGGUGGAGGAGGAUUGAACAAGGCCCCGCUCGAAGAGGCCUGA